GGGGGGGUCAAGCCAGAGGGAUAGACAGUAAAAUAAGCAUCCUAUAAAAACUCGGGACGCAUGCGCAUGCCUGGCGAGCCGCCGUCCCUGGGUGAGGAGCCCACUGCUAACGGAUGUGAUCAAGGCAAAGAUUUCCACCUGCCUCCCGGGACUGAUGGUGAGAUUCCCAUGGGAUCGGAGCGGAUGGAGAUGCGCAAACGGCAGAUGUCUGUGGCCCAGGAGACACCAAGUUCCACACAGGCACAGCAUGGCAUUGGGAAUCGAGCUUCCAAUGCCUGCUGCUUUUGCUGGUGCUGUUGUUGUAGCUGCUCAUGUCUUACUGUUAGGAAUCAAGAUGAAGAGAGAGCAAGGAGGACAUCCCAUGAACUCAGAGCAGAGAGUAUUCCAAACUGUGAGGAAAGUCCCACUCCUACCCUUGAAGAAGUAAAUGCCUGGGCUCAGUCAUUUGACAAGUUAAUGAUCACUCCAGCGGGCAGAAAUGCUUUCCGGGAGUUCCUCCGAACAGAAUUCAGUGAAGAGAACAUGCUUUUCUGGAUGGCCUGUGAGGAGUUAAAGCAGGAAUCCAACAAGAGUGUCAUAGAAGAAAAAGCAAGGUUAAUCUAUGAAGAUUAUAUUUCUAUCCUUUCUCCAAAAGAGGUCAGCCUGGACUCCAGAGUAAGGGAAGUUAUCAACCGAAAUAUGCUGGAACCAUCACAACAUACUUUUGAUGAUGCACAGCUCCAGAUUUACACCUUAAUGCAUAGAGACUCCUACCCACGGUUUAUGAACUCUGCUAUUUAUAAGGAUUUGCUUCAGUCCUUAUCUGAGAAAUCCAUCAAAGCAUAGUAUUUUUUAUUAAUGUAUUUAUUUAAAAAAAGCAGAAAUGGAACUCUGGGCUACACCAACCAACAGGGAAUUUAGAGUUAAUAGGAUAUCUACCUGAAAAAUAACUCAGGCAUAUUUUAAUAUGAACUGUCAAUGUUUUAACCUGCAGAGGGCUCUGACACCACAAGCUAACUGCAGCCUCUGAUCAAUUUAAGUGACACUUUGCAAAGGAGAAUGUAGAGAUUGUUAGAUGUUAAAAAAAGUCAUAUUUUUACAAUACCAGAAUGUAGUUGGACACGAACUUAUAGGAGAAGUUAAAGUUACCACUCUGGAAAGGAAGAACUCUCCAAUUUAUUUUUUUAAACUGUUAGUUAUGACUGCUCUCACCCUUCCCCCUCUACCCCCCCAUUGUGCAGCCACAGUAGAAAUAGUUGCGCUAUAGAUACUUGGGCUACACUAGACUGAAGCCUCACAUUUUCUAAUAGUACAGCCUGGCCACUACUGACGAAGUAGAGAUAGCGCUUGUCUUGGAGUGGCUACCUGAUAAAUAUAAGCAAUGUUCUCAUGGCAAUGAAAUAUAACCACCUCAAGUUUAUGGAAGCUAGUGGGCUGGAAUAAUACUGCCUAUAAAAUUAUCUUAUGGAGAAGUGUUAUUUUACUAUCAGAGUCUGCUGAAAACAUUUUUAAGUUCAUACUGUUAAUGUUUAUAAAAGCUGAAGAAUUUAGGAGAGGGAAGCGUCUGGGCAUUUAUAAUUGUAAAUAAAGCACAAGAAUUCUCAUGUGGUGUUCUCUUCACUGCAAAGGCAGAUGCAAAUAAUGGUAAUUAAUAUUUCAGUAUUUAGUCCGUAGAGCUCUGCAGUAGCAACCAUUUGAUGUGUUCACAGACAUUGAAAAUCCUAAAUUACAGGCCAGAUUGUUUGGGGGUUGCUUACUUCAGAGGUGAUAUUCAUAUACUUCAUACAAAAGCAAGUUAAAACAAGUUUCCAGGGAUAUGGCAUUAAUUCAGGCUCAGAAAAUCUCAAAGCAAAGCAGUAUUCUUCCACAAACUUCCUACAUGCAUUUCUGGUAUUCCUAAUAUAUUGCACUUGUAUGUGCAGACUAGUGCUUUUUGCCAAGCCUCAUAUCUAUUACCAUAUGGCAUUUGAAUACGGCCCCAAAUUAGUUAUCAUAGCUAAAUCUAGGAAGAAGUUAAAACAAAUGGCCUUUAAGUACCAAUUUAUAGAUCCAUUUUUACGGAGUUGCUUAAUCUAUAAUAAUUAAGCCAAAAUACACUGUAAUUUAAUGCAAUUCCACUACAUACAUUUUAGUUUAUUGUAGAAUUCCCUUCAGUGAUAGUUUCCUAUGUAUUGAUUUGAAUGAAUGCAGACAGAUGUGAAGCAGAAGGAUGGUGAGUGAAAAAUCACCUCUUUAAAAGAGAUUCAUACAGGUAGUUUUGCAUUGCUUUUUCUAUGAAAGCUAUUGUAAUCUUUCUCCAGCCUAUCAGCAGUUCUCCCAUCUGGGUACUAUGAUACAAACACUAAACACCUUCUCACUGGGGGAAAAUUCAGGCAUGUGCUAAUUUCCUUGCUUGUUCAAUGCACCAUGCAGGAGAUACCUUUUGCUCUUUCAGUGUUAAUCCCAUUAAAAAAAAUUAUGAGUUUUGUUGCUACUCAGUAGCGAGGGAGAAGACCUGAUAUAAGGUAAGUUGUAAGCAACAGCUGUGGCUAAAUAGUUUCCAUCAUCUAUUUCUAUAAAAACAUAACAUUUAGCAUGUCAGUUUGAAAAAAAUGAUUUAAGGAACAUUUAACAAGUAACACUGCAAAACGGUGCUGCCAGCUGACUCAGUUAAAAAGAAAAGAGCUCUUCUAGGUCACUGGUUAAAAUCUGGUCCAAGUCAAUAGUGACUGCCAGUUGUUACUAAAAUACAUUUGGCAGCUGGUUAUGUCAAAUUAGAGAUCUCAGUCCAGUUCAUUGACAUAUCCACAGCACAAGACAAUAGUCACAUUAAUAGUUUCAGUUUACACCGCAUAUUCACUGGCAUGCUGGCUCACAGUCUCAGCGCUUGCCAAAGAUCAAAAUAGGCAUGUUGGUGAGGUAGUACUGGGAGAACUUGGACUAUCAGUGACUAUGCUGUACUUGUGUAUUAAUUUGUUUGUGUCAGGCCUUUGAGAAGCACCAAGCUGACAAAAGAAGUUAAACUAGAUCACUUUCAGCUUGCUAGAGAGAUCAGAUAUAUUCAUCAGAAAAAUUCAAAACUGUGUAUUUCACUUGGACAAUUAAGCUAGACUGGUCAGUUUCCUGGGAAAUUAAAAGUUAAUGGAAACUUUCCAUUUCUUUCAGGUGUGGUUAAAACGCACCCUCCUGUCGUAUUUCUUUAUUUUAACUGAAUUUUAUAUAUGAUUAAAUAAGUAAUUAAAUCACACAUAAAAGACAGCUUAUUCCCUGUAUUUUGUUUCACUAUUCAUAAUUAUGCAUAAACUCAUCUCUAGUGAAAUAUACUAACCUUUUCCAAGGGCCAAGUUUUGGUCCCAUUGAAUUAGGACAUACUAAUUAGAUUGUUAUAGUAGGCAAUAAUUGUUUCAGAAAUAUGAGGACAAAGUAUAUCUAUAUCUACACAAAUUAUAUAGAACACAUGAAGUCAAAACCAUUAUCACAGGAUCAAUAUAUCCUGGCUUGAAAACAAACAUUGUUGGUUUGCGCUGGCAUUUAUCUAGCAGCAGGACAUCAUUAAGCUGCACUAACCUUCUAUUCCACUGGUACUAGCUUUUAAAUGUCUGCACUUUAUAUGCCAAUAAUUCCCACAAAACAUUCAUACUGUUAGAGUGUUCUUUUCAUGAACCUGCUAAGCAAUAUUAAAAUUGCAUGGACCCCUUCAGCCAACACAUCAAUUGAUGCUAUCCACAUUGUGCUUUAGACUGAACUUGAAAUUCCAAAUUCAUUAGUACAAUCUAAUGAAGUACAAUAUAGCAAAUGUCUGUAGGUUACACAUUUUAAAUCACAUAAAAAAUGUUCCAGUAGCAUGGUAUAUCUAAGUGUCCUUUCUAAUAAGAGAGGUUGUCAAAAACAUAAGAAUCUUAUGUCAUCUGACCAUGCUGGCUCUUUGCUAAAUAGCAUUUGCAAAGUGUUUUAAAAAGGUGCACCGUCAAAAAUCAGAUUCUAAUAAAUCUUUCUAUCAUCCUGGAUGGUGAAAGACCAUAACUUUAAUGAUUUAUUCUGGUCUCUGGUUUGAUCACUGGCAUCAAUGAUUCUAAAUAUCAAAAUAAAGCUCAUUAGCAGUUCACGGGAACUAAUGCCAUUUAUAUGAAUUGAUGUAAAGUAAUAUUACUUCCCCAACCAGUUUAUCUUUUUAUCAACUAGUUUACUGACUGCUAUUUAAACAACCUGCCACAAAAUGUCUUUGCUCAUUUACAAAGUCUAAAAUAAACUCUGGUAUCACACACAUAAGCAAAACAAACCAAUUAGAUCAAAUUUAAACAAACUAUUUAAGUCAUUUCUCCAGAGAUAAAAUCUAGUGGUAGUAAUAUACAGGCUUUAGGGCAGUACAAUAAAUUGGACUGAUCAAUGCUGGUUACAUAAGCAAAUUUAUCCAAGCAUUGUAACAGAAGAGGUCAAUAGAUCCAUUAACAAAGUUCCAAACUUCAUGAUCUGAAUUUAAGCAUUAAUUCAUAAAUGGUAUGUACAAACCAGACAGAGCCAACAAGUUGCAAUUUAGAUACCACAGCAGAUUUGGUAUAAUUAAAAUGAAGUUAGUUGUCCUUCCUCCCCACAAAAUUAGUGGGAAUAUGCCAGUGAGAAACAAAUACAAAUUUAAUUCACACAUUUUUAACAUAAUUGAGAGGUAAAAUAUGUCUGGUGGAUAUGUUUCAGACUGUAAAAAAAUAUACAGUACAUUGUUCACACAGUUAAGAAAACAAUUCAGUUACCAAAAGUUUAUUGAUAAAAGUUUAAUGUCAACUUACUUAUAAAAAUGAAAAAAUAUUUUAAACAUACACCAUACAAUUGAGCAUCCGGGCUCUACUGACUAUUAACUAUAGGAAAGCAUUUAAGGAAGUUGUGUCAAAAACCAAAGGUUAAACUCCAGGGAUGUAUCCUG